AUGGCGCUGGCCCCGUGGGUCCUCAGUCUGCUGGGCUCAGCCUGUCUGGUGUUGGCCAACAUCUUUGAAUACCAGGUGGACACCCAGCCUCUUCGUCCCUGCGAGCUGCAGCGGGAAGAGGCCUUUCAGGAGCGGGUGGACUACGUCCCCCAGUGCACGGAGGACGGCAGCUUCCAGACCAUCCAGUGUCGGAAUGACGGCCGCGCCUGCUGGUGUGUGUGGGCCGACGGCAGCGAAGUGCCUGGCAGCAGGCAGCCUGGGCGGCCCGCCUCAUGUCUGUCCUUCUGCCAGCUGCACAGGCAGCAGGUCCUGCUGAGUGGCUACCUCAACAGCACGGCCACCUCCUACGUCCCGCAGUGUCAGGGCGCCGGGGAGUACGCGCCCGUGCAGUGUGACGUGCGGCGGGAGCAGUGCUGGUGUGUGGACACCGAGGGGAUGGAGGUGUACGGGACCCGCCAGCCGGGCAGGCCCACGCGGUGUCCGAGAAGCUGCGAGAUAAGGAACCGCCGCCUGCUCCACGGAGUGGGGGACAAGUCGCCACCCCAGUGUUCUCCGGAGGGCGACUUUCUGCCUGUCCAGUGCAAGUUUGUCAACACCACGGACAUGAUGGUCUUUGACCUGGUUCACAGCUACAACAGGUUUCCAGAGGCCUUUGUGACGUUCAGCGCCUUCCGGAGCAGGUUCCCCGAGGUGUCUGGGUACUGUCACUGUGCUGACAGCCAAGGGCGGGAGCUGGCUGAGACAGGCGUGGAGCUGCUGCUGGACGAGAUCUAUGACACCGUUUUCGCCGGCCUGGACCGUGCUCCCACCUUCGUGGAGACCGCCCUGUACCGGAUCCUGCAGAGACGGUUCCUGGCAGUCCGCCUCGCCCUCUCCGGCAGGUUCCGAUGCCCCACAAAGUGUGAAGUGGAGCGGUUCACAGCCACCAACCUCGGCCACCCCUACGUCCCGAGCUGCCGUGGAGGUGGGGACUACCAGGUGGCCCAGUGCCAGCGGGGAGGACCGUGCUGGUGCGUGGACGCCCAGGGGAAGGAGGUCCCCGGAACACGGCGGCCGGACGCGUCGCUGCCCUGUGCUGGAGACCAGGCUUGUACCUCCGAGAGGCGGCGGGCCCUGUCCAGACUCUACUUCGGGCCCUCGGGCUUCUUCAGCCUCCAGGGCGUGUCCUCGGAAAGACAGGUCUCUCCAAGAGGAGCCAGACUGGCUACGCCCUGCCCAUCCUCGAUCAGGGAGCUCUUUGUGGACUCGGGGAUCCUCCGCCCCAUGGUCGAAGGGCGGGAUCAACAGCUUUCCACCUCAGGGAGUCUCCUCCCAGAUGCCAUCCGUGGGAUUUUUCCUUCCCGAGAGCUAGCUCGUCUCGCCCUUCAGUUUACGACCAACCCAAAGCGACUCCAGCAAAACCUCUUUGGAGGGAAAUUUCUGGUGAAUGUUGGCCAGUUUAACUUGUCUGGAGCUCUUGGCACAAGAGGGACCUUCAACUUCAGUCAGUUUUACCAGCAACUUGGCCUCCCAGACUUCCAGAAUGGAGGAGGACCUGUUGAUCUAGCCAAGCCCCUCUCUGCGGGGCUGGGUUUGGAUCCUGCUGUGGAAAUACUGGGAGCCACUAAGAAGGGCAGGGCUAUGAAUAAAACGAUUGUGGGCAGCUUUGGCUUUGAAAUUAACUUACAAGAGAACCAAAAUGCCCUGAAAUCUCUCGCUUCUCUCCUGGACCUUCCAGAAUUCCUUCUGUUCCUGCAACAUGCCAUUUCUGUGCCGGAAGACAUAGCCGGGGAUUUAGGUGACGUGAUGGAAAUGGUGCUCAGCUCCCAGGGUUGUGAGCUGACACCCGGCAGCCUUUUUGUCCCGUCAUGCACGGCUGAAGGAAGCUACGAGGAGGUCCAGUGCUUUGCUGGAGAGUGCUGGUGUGUGGACUCCCAGGGCAAAGAACUGCCCGGCUCCAGGGUGAGAGGUGGCCGGCCCAGGUGCCCGACAGAGUGUGAAAAGCAAAGAGCUCGAAUGCAGAGCCUCUCGGGCAGCCAGGCUGCAGGCUCCAGUCUGUUUGUGCCUUCGUGUACCAGCCAGGGGCACUUCUCACCUGUCCAGGGCUUCAACGCCGAGUGCUACUGCGUCGACGCCGAGGGUCGGGCUGUUCCUGGCAGUCCAAGCGCACCGGGGCAACCCCGGCAAUGCCCCACCCCCUGCCAGCUGCAGGCCGAGCAAGCCUUCCUGCGGUCCGUGCGGACCCUGGUCGCCAAUCCCAGCGCGCCGCCCGCUCUCUCCAGCAUCUCCAUCCCGCACUGCAGCGCCGGCGGCCGGUGGAGUCGUGUGCAGUGUGACGGGCCCCCCGAGCAGGCCUUCGAGUGGUACGAGAGGUGGAGGGCUCAGAACAGUGGUGGCCAGGAGCUGACCGCUGCCAACCUGCUAAUGAAGAUCACGAGCUACAGGGAAGCCGCCUCUAGAAGCUUCCGUGACUUUAUUCAAAGUUUGUAUGAGGCUGGCCAACAGGGCGUCUUCCCGGGGUUGGCAAGGUACCCUUCUCUCCAGGAUGUCCCACCGGCGGUGUGGGAAGGGAACCGGACCCAGGCUGGAGAGAAUGUCCUCCUGGAGCCCUACGUCUUCUGGCGGGUCCUCAGUGGGCAGCUCGACCGGUACCCAGGGCCCUACUCCGACUUCAGCACCCCUCUGGCACACUUCGACCUUCGGACCUGCUGGUGUGUGGACGAAGCUGGGCAGGAGCUGGAGGGAACCCGGGCCGAGCCAGGCCAGCUCCCAGCUUGUCCCAGCUCCUGCGAGGAAGCGAAGCUUCGUGUUCUGCGGUUCAUGAAGGACACGGCAGAGGUGGUCCUGGCGUCCAACCGUUCUUGGUUCCCCGUGGGAGAGAGUUUCUUAGCGGCCCAGGGAAUCCUGCUGACCCGCGAGGAGCUGGCCCUGCCCCCCGGCGCCCCUUCUCGGGAGACUUUCUGGGAGCGGUUUCUGAGCCGGAGAGACUACGCCCUGCGGCUGGCGGCUCAGUCCACCUUCGACUUCUACCAGAGCCGUCCCUUCCCCCCGGCCGAUCCCUCGCCAGCCCCCCUUCUGCGGUCCGGCCUCUACGUGCCCCAGUGUGAUGCCUUCGGACGUUGGGAGCCCGUGCAGUGCCACCCGGGGACUGGGUACUGCUGGUGCGUGGACGGGAAGGGAGAGUAUGUCUCGGCCUCGCUCACCGCCCGCUCCCCCCGGGCCCCCCAGUGCCCCACCACCUGUGAGAAAUCUCGAGCGAGUGGGCUGCUUGCCGGGUGGAAACAGGCCGCAUCCCAGGGACACCCGUCUCCUGAAGACCUGUUCACCCCAACCUGCCUGGAGACAGGAGAGUUUGCCAGGCUGCAGGCGUCGGAGGCUGGCAUCUGGUGUGUGGACCAGGCCACAGGAGAGGGCACCCCACCCGGUACAAACGGCAGUGCCCAGUGUCCCGGCCUCUGUGAACGGCUUCAGAGUGGCGUCCUGUCCAGGGGAGCCGGCCCAGGCUACAGCCCGGCCUGCAGGGCAGAGGACGGAGGCCUGUCCCCAGUGCAAUGCGACCGGACCCAGAGCAGCUGCUGGUGUGUCCUGGGCAGCGGAGAGGAGGUGCCCGGGACCCGCGUGGCUGGCAGCCAGCCAGCCUGUGAGAGCCCGCGGUGCCCGCUGCCCUUCAACGUGUCUCGGGGGGCCGGCGGAGUGAUCCUGUGUGAGCCCGCCUCGGGCCCCGGGGGCGCCGUCCAGCGGUGCCGGCUGCUGUGCCGCCAGGGCUACCGGAGCGCGUUCCCGCCGGGGCCGCUGCUGUGCAGCCCGGAGAGGAGACGCUGGCUGUCGCAGCCGCCUCAGCCCCAGGCCUGCCGGCGGCUGCAGCUGUGGCAGACCCUGCAGACGCGGGCACAGUUCCAGCUCCGGCUGCCCCCCGGCAAGGUGUGCAGCGCUGACUACGCGGGCUUGCUGGGGGCCUUCCAGGUCUUCAUCCUCGACGAGCUCACAGCCCGCGGCUUCUGCCAGAUCCAGGUGAAGACUUUUGGGACCCCCGUGUCCAUCCCUGUCUGUGACGACUCCGCGGUGCAGGUGGCAUGUCUGACCCGGGAGCGUCUAGGCGUGAAUGUCACGUGGCAGCUGUUGCUGGAGGACGUCCCCCCCGCCUCUCUCCCUGAUCUGCACCACGUUGAGGACGCCUUAGUGGGCCAGGAUCUCGCCGGGCGCUUCGCAGAUCUGAUUCAAAGCGGAGCGUUGCAGCUUCGUCUGGAUUCCAAGCUGUUCCCGGCGGACACCUCCAUUCGCUUCCUGCAAGGGGACAGCUGGGGCGCCUCUCCCAGGACACGCUAUGGGUGUUUGGAAGGCUUCCACCCAGUCUCGGCGCCCCGCAACGCCAGUCAGGACCCACUUGGGUGCGUUGAGUGUCCUGAAGGAAGCUACUUUCAGGAGGAGCAGUGUGCUCCCUGUCCCGUUGGAUUCUACCAAGAGCGGGCGGGGAGCUUGGCCUGUGCCCCGUGUCCUGUGGGCAGGACGACCAUCUCCGCUGGAGCCUUCAGUCAGACUCACUGUGUCACCGACUGUCAGAGGAAUGAGGUGGGCCUGCAGUGUGACCAGGAUGGCCAGUACCGAGCCAGCCAGCGGGACAGGGACAGUGGGAAGGCCUUCUGUGUGGAUGCCGAGGGGCAGAGGCUGCCGUGGUCGGAAACCGAGGCCCCGCUCACGGACUCCCAGUGUCUGAUGAUGCAGAAAUUUGAGAAGGCUCCAGAAUCUGAGGUGGUGUUUGACGCCAACGUGGCUGUGGGUGUCGGGUCCGAAGUCCCCGGCCCCGGAUCCCCACUGAUGCAGUGCUUGGCAGACUGUGCCUUGGAUCAGGCCUGCGGCUUCCUCACAAUGUCCGUGAUGGGAUCAGAAGCCUCGUGUGACCUCCAUGCUUGGACAAGUGAGAACAUCACCUGCACAGCUUCCGGUCAGGAUCAAGACGCAAUGGGGAACUCGAAGGCCACCAGCUUUGAGAGUCUCAGGUGCCGAGUGAAAGCGAGGAGCGGGCAGCAGGACCCUGGGGCUGUGUACCUGAAAAAGGGGCAAGAAUUCAGCACAAGAAGUCAGAAAAGCUUCGAAAGAACUGGUUUCCAGAACGCGCUCUCCGGGAUGUACCGCGCCGCCGUGUUCUCGGCCUCCGGGGCCAGUCUGACAGAGGCUCACCUCUUCUGCCUUCUCGUGUGCGACCGUGACGCGUGCUGUGACGGUUUCAUCCUCACGCAAGUCCGAGGAGGUCCCAUCAUCUGUGGCUUGCUGAGCUCCCCCGAUGUCCUGCUUUGCCAUGUCGAAGACUGGAGGGACCCCUCCAAAGCCACGGUGAACGCUACCUGUCCUGGUGUGACGUAUGACCAGCCGAGCCAGCAGGUGACCCUGCGGCUGGGAGGCCAGGAGUUCGAGAGUCUCACACCCCUGGAAGGGACUCGGGACACCUCGAGCAGUUUCCAGCAGGUUUAUCUCUGGAAAGACUCUGACAUGGGAUCUCGGUCUGAGUCUAUGGGAUGUAGAAGUGUUAUGGAACCACGGUCAGCAUCUCCACCAGAAACAGCCGAGCUGUUCUCCCCUGUGGACCUGGGCCAGGUCGUGGUCAGUGGGAACCGAUCCCUGCCCAGCCAGCAGCACUGGCUUUUCAAGCACCUGUUCUCGCCUCCGCAGGCGAGCCUGUGGUGCCUUUCUCGCUGUGCCCAGGAGCCCUCCUUCUGUCAGCUGGCGGAGCUACGAGACAGCGCCCCCUUGUACUUCACCUGCACCCUCUACCCAGAGGCCCAGGUGUGUGAUGAUGUCCUAGAGUCAAGUGCCACGGGCUGCAGACUGACCCUGCCCCACCGACCCAGUGCCCUGUUCCGGAAGAAAGUUGUGCUGCAAGAUAAGGUGAAGAACUUUUACACCCGCCUGCCCUUCCGGAAGCUGGCAGGGAUUUCCACCAGAAGCAAAGUGCCCAUGUCGGGGAGGUCCAUCUCCAGUGGGUUCUUUGAGUGUGAGCGACUGUGCGAUGCGGACCCGUGCUGCACCGGCUUCGGCUUUCUGAACGUUUCCCAGUCCAAAGGCGGAGAAGUAACAUGCCUAACUCUGAACAGCUUGGGACUUCAGACCUGUAGUGAGGAAACUGGAGGAACCUGGCGCAUUUUGGAUUGUAGAUCUCCCGAUACUGAGGUCCGCACCUAUCCCUUCGGAUGGUACCAGAAGCCUGUUGCUCAAAAUGGUGCUCCGAGCUUUUGCCCUCCGGUGGUCCUGCCCUCCCUCACAGAGAAGGUCGCUCUAGACUCAUGGCAGACCCUGGGCCUCUCCUCAGUGGUUGUGGACCCGUCCAUCAGGGACUUUGAUGUUGCCCACAUCAGCACAGCCGCCAUCGGCGACUUCUCUGCUGCCCGAGACCUCUGUUUGUCGGAGUGUUCCCGUCACCAAGCCUGCCAGGUCACCACUUUGCAGACCCGACCUGGUGCUCUGAGGUGUGUGUUCUAUGCUGACACCCACAUCUGCACACAUAGCCUGCAGGCCCAGUACUGCCAACUUCUGCUUCGUGAAGAGGCCACCUACAUCUACCGGAAGCUGAGCACCCCUCGGCUUGGCUUUGGGACAUCCGUACCUUCUGUGACCAUCGCCCCCCACGGCCAGCUGCUGGGCAGGUCCCAGGCCAUCCAGGUGGGCACUUCGUGGAAGCAAGUGGACCAGUUCCUGGGAGUGCCAUAUGCCGCCCCGCCCCUGGCAGGGAGCCGCUUCCGGGCACCGGAGCCCUUGAACUGGACAGGGUCCUGGGCUGCCACCAAGCCACGGGCCAGCUGCUGGCAGCCAGGAGUCAGGACGCCUGCGUCUUCCAGAGUCAGCGAGGAUUGCUUGUAUCUCAACGUGUUUGUCCCUCCGAACCUGGCCCCCAAUGCGUCCGUCCUGGUGUUCUUCCACAACACCAUGGAGGCCCGGGAUGGCGAGGGAAGCCUAGCCCUGGACGGCUCCUUCCUGGCUGCUACUGGCAACCUCAUUGUGGUCACUGCUGGCUACCGAGUGGGCGUCUUCGGCUUCCUGAGUUCUGGUUCCGGCGAGGUGAGCGGCAACUGGGGGCUGCUGGACCAGGUGGCAGCUCUGACUUGGGUGCAGACCCACAUCGGAGCAUUUGGUGGGGACCCUGGGCGAGUGACCAUGGCAGCCGACCGGGGCGGAGCUGACCUGGCCGGCACCCACCUCCUGACCACCGGGGCUGGCGACUCCAGACUCUUCCGGAGAGCCCUGCUGAUGGGUGGCUCCGUGCUGUCCCCCGCUGCCGUCAUCAGCCAGGAGAGGGCUCAGCAGCAGGCAGCUGCUUUGUCAAGUGAGAUUGGCUGCCCCACCUCGCCCAUCCAAGAAAUGACAUCCUGCCUCCGUCAGAAGCCCGCCAACGUCCUCAAUGACGCCCAGACCAAGCUCCUGGCUGUGAGCGGCCCUUUCCACUACUGGGGACCUGUGGUCGACGGCCGGUACCUCCGAGAGGCCCCCGCCAGAGCGCUGCUGAGGGCCCCGAGGGCCACGGUCGAUCUGCUCAUCGGGACUUCUCAGGAUGACGGGCUCAUCAGCAGAGCAAAGGCCGUGAAGCAAUUUGAGGAAAGUCAAGGCCGGACCAGUAGCAAAACAGCCUUUUACCGGGCACUACAGAACUCUCUGGGCGGCGCGGAUGGGGACGCGGGCGUGCUGGCCGCCGCCACGUGGUACUACUCCCUGGAGCACUCGGCCGAUGACUACGCCUCCUUCUCCCGGGCCCUGGAGAACGCCACCCGGGACUACUUUAUCACCUGCCCCGUGAUCGACCUGGCCAGCCGAUGGGCAGCGAGGGCCCGAGGAAACGUGUUUAUGUACCACGCUCCCCAAAGCUACGGCCACAGCAGCCUGGAGCUGCUGACUGAUGUCCAGUACGCCUUGGGGCUGCCCUUUCACCCUGCCUACGAGGGGCAGUUCACUCCGGAGGAGAAAAGCACGUCCCUGAAAAUUAUGCAGUACUUUUCCAACUUCAUCCGAUCCGGAAACCCCAACUACCCUCAUGAGUUCUCAAGGAAAGCGCCUGAAUCCGCAGUCCCCUGGCCUGACUUUGUCCCUGGUGCCAACGGAGAGAACUACAAGGAGUUCAGCGCCCUGCUCCCCAAUCGGCGGGGCCUCAAAAGGGCCGACUGCUCGUUCUGGUCCAAGUACAUCCGGUCCCUGAAGGCGCUGGCAGAUGAAGCCAAGGACGGGCUGUCGGCAGGCAAUGAAGAGGAGGACCAACCGGCUGACGCUGGCCUGAGAGAAGACCUCCCAGACCCAGGCUCCAAGAGCUACAGCAAAUGA